AUUCUGAUAGGCAGGAGAGCUUUGGUAUUUCGAAACAAUAAACUCCGGUCACACUGCAAAAUGCUUAUGGUGAUGUGUUAAAAACCGAAAUUUUGAAUACAAUUUACUGAUCCAGAAAGAUGAACUACAAUCCAAAUCCGGCCUCAGCUGCCGGUCGCCCAAGGCCACCGAAGCGUGUCAGUGAUGUUAAUGCCAUGGGACCCUCGGCUCCGAUGAUGGGCGGUGGCGCCACCUUCAUGGCCCCGCCCUCCGGUCCCGGAAUAUUGGAUCCCAAUAUGUACGGAGCACCUGCUCCGGCGCCGGUCAACAGCUAUGGCUUCGAUCCCAAUCUCGGUCAGCCAUCGCAGCACAUACAGCAGCCACCACAACAGCAGCCCGGAUUCGGAUAUGGAGCACCACCCCCUCAACAGGCGGCUGCUCCCCCCGCCUACGGAAUAGGAGCACCUCAGCCUGGAGCACCACCAACUGGACAGUACCCACAGUUCGCCAUGUUCCAGCAGCCCAUCGUGCAAGACAUGGCCAUGCAGUAUGGUCAAAAGCUAGCGGAUCAGGGCAAGCAGAUUAUGGAGAAUCAGUUCGAGAAGUGGGUGCCCGUAGCCAAGCUCAAGUACUACUUUGCUGUGGACAACGCCUACGUGGGCAGGAAGUUGCGCCUUCUCUUUUUUCCCUAUAUCCAUAAGGACUGGUCCCUGCGUUACGACCAAGAGCACCCAGUGCAACCACGAUAUGACGUUAAUGCCCCGGAUCUCUAUCUACCCACGAUGGGCUACAUCACAUACGUGAUCGUAGCGGGUUUGCUUCUGGGCAUGCAGAAGCGGUUUUCGCCGGAACAGCUUGGCAUUCAGGCCUCCAGCGCCAUGGCAUAUAGCAUUUUCGAAUUGGUCAUUUACUCCAUAGCUCUGUACGUAAUGAAUGUGAAGACGAGCCUUAAGACCCUGGAUCUGUUGGCCUUUACUGGCUAUAAGUACGUUAAUAUAGUCGUCUGCCUGAUGGUUAGCACGCUGUUCUUUAAGUCUGGAUAUUAUAUUGCGCUGGCGUACACCAGUUUUUCCUUCGGCUUCUUCUUGCUGCGUACUUUGCGGACGAAACUGCUGCAGGACAACUCCCCGGCUGCGCCCAGUGGAGCCAUCAACUACGAUCCGUAUGGAAAUCCACAGCAAUUUGACUACAGCGGCGGGAAGAAGCGGAAACUCUACUUCCUGUUCAUGGUCGUCGCGGGACAGGCGCUAUUUGCCUUCCUGCUCUCCAAGCACUUGUAUCUGCCAGAGGCGGAGGUGCUGGCGGUGCCGAAGACCUUCUAACCCACAGGCUUGAUAGGUUAAUUUGCAUACUCCUUGAGUUUAUCGGGGCCAGGAUGCCCACUCACUUGCCGAACGGUUCCGGAGCCAAGGCAUUGUCAUUUGCAGCAUGAAGUUUGUGGUUGUCUCAUCUGAGAUUCGAGCGAGAGAAGCAUAUUUUUGUUAGAAACAAACACAUUUUAUAAAUAAAUACCAGCUAUGAAAACUAA